AUGGUGUUGUUUAUCGUUUUGUUGAUUACAAUAUUUAAUGGCAUUGCUUGUCGUAACGUAACGAUUAGCAAUGUUAUUCCUCGUCGAGAUACAAAUGAAUCAAUUCUUGAUGCGCACGAUGGCAAUGUUUUCCUUUACGCUGGUCUUUAUUAUUACUAUGGUGCAAGUUAUGGUCUAUGUAAAGAACCGCCAGGACCAUCAGGAUGCACUGUUUGGCAUGUCGGUGGAUGUGGAUUUCAACUCAAUCAUAACGUUAGCCUAUAUACCUCGCCAGAUCUUUCCGUGUGGACAUUUCGUGGCUAUGUUUUUCAAAUGUCGUCCAUGAAAACGCCCGGUAUUAUGUUCGGUCCUCGCGUUUUACCAAAUCGAAAAACAAACAAAUGGGUCAUGUGGUUUAACUUUCUUCCUGCAAGUGGCACAGGGGUCUCGCAGUCACAGUGUGCUGUAGCCAUAGCCGAUACAUCGCAAGGUCCUUUUCAACUUGUAACUGACAAAGUCACCACUUUGGCAUGGGAAAAUACAGGUGAUCUAAAUCUUUUUCAGGAUACCAAUGGUGACGCUUAUAUUAUAUACAAUGCACAUAUCGACGCAUCGGUAUAUAAACCAGAUCAUCUGAUGUCGAUCGAAAAACUUACGGAUGAUUAUCUUAGUUCACUCGGAAAAGAAUUCAAUAGUGGAUUCUUUGGCCAAACGUUCGUUGAAGGUGGAGCNGACUAUUCGAGAACGACAACUAUCGUCUGA